AUGUCGGGUUUUGUUCCAAACAGGGAGGAGAGUAUCUGGUCCCCUUCUUACUCAUUGAAAUGGUUGGGGUUUAUAUGGGAUUUACGAAAAUGUGUGUUGCAAAUUCCCGAGUCCAAAAUAUUGGAUUUGCAAGAAUGCAUAGGCAUUGCUUUAAGUAAUCCUUGUAAAGUUAAAAUUAGAACGCUUGCAAAAAUCUGUGGCAAGGUUAUAUCUCUCACUCCAGCAAUCGGCAAUGUUACUCAGAUAAUGACAAGAGCUACAUUUGCUGUGAUUAACGAACGAGAUGAUUGGGAUCAGUGCAUGGACAUUAACUUCAAUAGUGAUUUAAUUUUUGAAUUCAUGUUUUGGAAAAACAAUGUGCAAUUGCUAAUGCCUGUAUCUUUAUUACCAAAGGCAAAUGAGGUUAGUAUUUUUAGUGAUGCUAGCGAUGUAGGCGCAGGAGGUUUUAUACAAAACUCAACGCAUGUAAUGUAUAAAUCCUGGACGAAUUUAGAAAAAGUCAAAAGCUCCACGUGGAGAGAGGUAAAAGCAAUCGAGUUGUGCUUAGUAUCAUUUGCACAGUUAGUAUGCAACAGUUGUGUGGUUGUUUAUACUGACAACCAGAAUGCAGUGAGCGUUAUUGAAAAAGGUAGCAAGAUAUUAGAACUUCAAAACUUGACUCUUUCAAUUUUUAAUACUUGUAUUGUGAAUUGUAUUUCUAUAAACGUAAAAUGGAUUCCACGAGAAGAAAACGAGAAAGCAGAUUAUCUAAGUCGAAUCGUCGAUAUCGACGAUUGGGGGACUUCAGAUGAAUUUUUUGAGUUUGUAGAUAAUUUAUGGGGUCCUCAUUCCAUUGACAGGUUUGCUAAUAUGGAAAAUAGAAAACUGCUUAGAUUUAAUUCUUUAUAUUGGAAUCCGGGUUCGGAAAGUAUGGAUUCAUUUACAUGUAACUGGCAUGAAGAAAAUAACUGGUUAGUACCACCAGUAGCACUAGCAGCUAAAGUCAUUAAUCAUUUAGUCAAAUGUAGAGCUGUUGGAACUCUAAUAGUUCCAAAGUGGUCCUCAUCGCCGUUUUGGCCGUUACUGUUUGAGGAAGGUUUACAUUAUAAACCAUAUGUUGAAGAUGUUUUUGAGUUUCUUGAGGCAAAUAGAAUAUUUGUUGCUGGACAUAAUGUAAAUUCUACUUUUGCUCAAGGUGAUUUUAAAGGAACUGUUUUAGCAGUGAGAUUAAAUGCUUUAGAUAUGUAA